GGAAGCGUUCGUGGUGAUCCCGGCGGCUGCGCUGGGGUAUGCGGUACCGGCUAGUGUGGCUGCUGCACCCCGCACUGCCCCGCACCUUCCGCUGGGUCCUCAGCGCCCGCCUCCUGCCCCUGGAGCGCCUCUGUGGGAGGAAACCUGUGAAGGCUGCCUGCGUCUGAUGUAACCAUAGAUGCCCCUGUUAAUUUAAUGGACCCAUGUGUACAUUGCACCUGAUUCUUAAUUGGCAAAACUAGAUGAGGCACCUUCCAUGUUUCCAAAAAAAGACUUACAGCAAAAUGAAUAAUCCAGCUAUCAAGAGAAUAGGAAAUCACAUUAUUAAAUCUCCUGAAGACAAGCGAGAAUACCGUGGGCUAGAGCUGGCCAAUGGUAUCAAAGUUCUUCUCAUCAGUGACCCCACCACAGAUAAGUCAUCAGCAGCACUUGAUGUACACAUAGGUUCAUUGUCAGAUCCUCCAAAUAUUGCUGGGUUAAGUCAUUUUUGUGAACAUAUGCUUUUUUUGGGAACAAAGAAAUACCCUAAAGAAAAUGAAUACAGCCAGUUUCUCAGUGAGCACGCAGGAAGUUCAAAUGCCUUUACUAGUGGAGAGCAUACCAAUUACUAUUUUGAUGUUUCCCAUGAACAUCUAGAAGGUGCCCUUGACAGGUUUGCACAGUUUUUCCUGUGCCCCUUGUUUGAUGCGAGUUGCAAAGACAGAGAGGUGAAUGCAGUUGAUUCGGAACAUGAGAAGAACGUGAUGAAUGAUGCCUGGAGACUCUUUCAGUUGGAAAAGGCUACAGGGAAUCCCAAGCACCCCUUCAGUAAAUUUGGGACAGGUAACAAAUAUACUCUAGAGACUAGACCAAACCAAGAAGGCAUUGAUGUAAGGCAAGAGCUACUGAAAUUCCAUUCUACUUAUUAUUCAUCCAAUUUAAUGGCUAUUUGUGUUUUAGGUCGAGAAUCUUUAGAUGACUUGACUAAUCUGGUCGUAAAGUUGUUUUCUGAAGUAGAGAACAAAAAUGUCCCAUUGCCAGAAUUUCCUGAACAUCCCUUCCAAGAAGAACAUCUUAGACAACUUUACAAAAUAGUACCCAUUAAGGACAUUAGGAAUCUUUAUGUGACAUUUCCCAUACCUGACCUUCAAAAAUACUACAAAUCAAAUCCUGGUCAUUAUCUUGGUCAUCUCAUUGGUCAUGAAGGUCCUGGAAGUCUCUUAUCAGAACUUAAAUCAAAAGGCUGGGUAAAUACUCUUGUUGGUGGGCAGAAGGAAGGAGCCCGAGGUUUUAUGUUUUUUAUCAUUAAUGUGGACUUGACUGAGGAAGGAUUAUUACAUGUUGAAGAUAUAAUUUUGCACAUGUUUCAAUACAUUCAGAAGUUACGUGCAGAAGGACCUCAAGAAUGGGUUUUCCAAGAGUGCAAGGACUUGAAUGCUGUUGCUUUUAGGUUUAAAGAUAAAGAGAGGCCACGGGGCUAUACAUCUAAGAUUGCAGGAAUAUUGCAUUAUUAUCCCCUGGAAGAAGUACUUGCAGCUGAGUAUUUGCUGGAAGAAUUUAGACCUGACUUAAUAGAGAUGGUUCUUGAUAAACUCAGACCAGAAAAUGUCCGGGUUGCAGUAGUUUCUAAAUCUUUUGAAGGAAAAACUGAUCGUACAGAAGAGUGGUAUGGAACCCAGUACAAACAAGAAGCUAUACCAGACGAAGUCAUCAAGAAGUGGCAAAAUGCUGACCUGAAUGGGAAAUUUAAACUUCCAACGAAGAAUGAAUUUAUUCCUACAAACUUUGAGAUUUUGCCAUUAGAAAAAGAGGCGACACCAUACCCUGCUCUUAUUAAGGAUACAGCUAUGAGCAAACUCUGGUUCAAACAAGAUGAUAAGUUUUUCUUGCCGAAGGCUUGUCUCAACUUUGAAUUUUUCAGCCCAUUUGCUUAUGUGGACCCCUUGCACUGUAACAUGGCCUAUUUGUACCUUGAGCUCCUCAAAGACUCACUCAACGAGUAUGCAUAUGCAGCAGAGCUAGCAGGCUUGAGCUAUGAUCUCCAAAAUACCAUCUAUGGGAUGUAUCUCUCGGUGAAAGGUUACAAUGACAAGCAGCCAAUUUUGCUAAAGAAGAUUAUUGAAAAAAUGGCUACCUUUGAGAUUGAUGAAAAAAGAUUUGAAAUUAUCAAAGAGGCAUAUAUGCGAUCUCUUAACAAUUUCCGGGCUGAACAGCCUCACCAGCAUGCCAUGUACUACCUCCGCUUGCUGAUGACUGAAGUGGCCUGGACCAAAAAUGAAUUAAAAGAAGCCCUGGAUGAUGUUACCCUUCCUCGUCUUAAGGCCUUUAUACCUCAACUCCUAUCACGGCUGCAUAUUGAAGCCCUUCUCCAUGGAAACAUAUCAAAGCAGGCUGCGUUAGGAAUUAUGCAGAUGGUUGAAGACACCCUCAUUGAACAUGCUCAUACCAAACCUCUUCUUCCAAGUCAGCUGGUUCGAUACAGAGAGGUUCAGCUCCCUGACAGAGGAUGGUUUGUUUAUCAACAGAGGAAUGAAGUUCACAAUAACUGUGGCAUUGAGAUAUACUACCAAACAGACAUGCAGAGCACCUCAGAGAAUAUGUUUCUGGAACUCUUCUGUCAGAUUAUCUCUGAGCCUUGCUUCAACACUCUACGUACCAAGGAGCAGUUGGGUUAUAUCGUCUUCAGUGGGCCACGUCGUGCCAAUGGCAUACAGGGCUUGCGAUUCAUCAUCCAGUCAGAAAAGCCACCUCACUACCUAGAAAGCAGAGUGGAAGCUUUCUUAAUUACCAUGGAAAAGUCCAUAGAGGACAUGACAGAAGAGGCCUUCCAAAAACACAUUCAGGCAUUAGCGAUUCGUCGACUAGACAAACCAAAGAAACUCUCUGCUGAGUGUGCUAAAUACUGGGGAGAAAUCAUCUCCCAGCAAUACAAUUUUGACAGAGAUAAUAUAGAAGUUGCAUAUUUAAAGACACUUACCAAGGAAGAUAUCAUCAAAUUCUACAAGGAAAUGUUGGCAGUUGAUGCUCCAAGGAGACAUAAGGUAUCCGUCCAUGUUCUUGCCAGAGAAAUGGAUUCUUGUCCUGUUGUUGGAGCGUUCCCAUGUCAAAAUGACAUAAAUUUGUCACAAGCACCAGCCUUGCCACAACCGGAAGUGAUACAGAACAUGACUGAAUUCAAACGUGGUCUGCCACUGUUUCCCCUUGUUAAACCGCAUAUCAACUUCAUGGCUGCAAAACUCUGAAGACUACUCACGGGUGGGAAAGUGCAAGUGGAUGCAUUCCUGAGUCUUCCAGGGCCUCAGGAGACAAUCUUGGCCACUUUAAUAGUUCUAGUUCACUAUUAGACAAACAGAAAAAACGUUGUCAAAUGUCAUUAUGUACAAAUAUUAAAAUCCAAAGUAAUUAAAUUCCAAAAUCUUAUAGAUGUAGAAUAUUUUUAAAAUACAUGCCUCUUAAAUAUUUUAAAA